AUGGACGGCCUCGUCACCACAUUCAAAAAGCUCCGUGAGCGUGUUUCGCCUCUUAAAGAGGUCGACGAGAACGCGUCGAACGUUGUUUCCAGAGACGAAGUUCACGUUGGAAAGCGUCAAAGCUCGGAUCCCUUUGAUGAUAGGGCGUCAAAGAAGAAACCGAAGGUGGAAGUACGGAAACAACCGUCUUCACGUGAAUCUCGGUUUAUUCGUGACGAGAAUCUUAAGUCGAUGUCUAGAGAAAAGACGCCUGCCCCUGCUCAGCCUGAAAAGAAGGAGAAACCACAGCCAGUGGAACAGACCGAACAGGGCGGUGAUGAUGAUGAGAAUGUGACUUUGGAAGUGCUUGAAGAAAUGCAUAAACUUGAGGAAUCGUUCCCGAUUUUGGCUGAAAAGUAUCGCCUUAUAGAUAAGAUUGGCGAGGGUACGUUUUCCACGGUUUAUAAGGCAGAAGCUAUGAAUGGAGCUGUCUUGCUCGGCUCUCAAAUGUGGAAGUCUCCACCACUCCAGAAAGUCUCCUCAAAGAAAGGCAAAAAGAAGCAGAAGAACCCGUUGGUUGCUCUUAAACAGAUCUACGUCACUUCCUCUCCAAACAGAAUCUACAAUGAGCUUAAUCUACUUUACAUGCUCAGUGGAAAUUCACACGUCGCUCCUUUGCUUGAUAUUCUACGUCUUCACGAUCAGGUUUUGGCAAUUCUCCCGUACUACCAGCACGCAGACUUCAGAGACUUCUACAGGGACAUUCCCAUCAAAGGCAUCAAGAAGUACAUGUGGGAACUCUUCCAGGGUCUUGAGUUUGUUCACAGUAAGGGCAUCAUGCAUCGUGACUUGAAACCCACUAACUUCUUGUAUGAUCCUUUCAAAGGUAAAGGUGUUCUAGUGGAUUUCGGGUUGGCCGAGAAGAUGCCUCUGUCGUAUUCCCUGGGGAACACCAGAUCUUCAAACACAUGUCCCUGUCUUUCCAAAGAUAAGUCUGUCACUCGCACACAUUCCAAGCGUCUCAACAUAAAAGCUGCAUAUCCUAAAUUGGAUCAACGUCCUCCUCGAAGGGCCAAUAGAGCGGGUACUCGAGGAUUCAGAGCGCCCGAAGUGCUUCUCAAGUGCACUAACCAGACCACAAAGAUCGAUAUCUGGUCUGCUGGUGUCAUCGGGCUCUCACUUGUAUCCCGCAAGUUUCCUCUUUUUAAUUCACCGGAUGACAUCGACGCUUUGAUCGAGAUACUCUUGAUUUUCGGCCACGAUAAGCUUCAAAAGGCUGUUGAAUUGCAUGGUUGCGGUUUGGAAGUCAACAUGCAAUCAGCUGUAUCGUCAAGCUUCAAUGGUAACCUUGUCAAGUUCUUGUCCUCCAUUCUCCAUCACGAAAGCGAAAACGAAAGUCUACCACCGGACAGUGUCAUCCACGACACGCUAGCAUACCUUGAUCCAAAGAACAACGUCUUGAUUAAACCUACACUUGAAUCCACAGACGUGACUGAUGAUCAAUAUGAAGAGUAUAAACGAAAAUUAGAAGGCUACACUGACCUCAAGCACUUAUUGCAAUUGCUUUAUGGAUGCUUCAGCAUGGAUCCACAGAAGCGCCUCAAUGCAUCGCAAUUACUUAAAUUGCCUUUCUUCAGCGAAUUAAAGGUACAUAAAGAUGACGAGGUUGUGCUUUAG